AUGGGUUCCUCUGAGUUUGACUAUCCGGAUGAAAAGAAGCACGCCAAUUUCUUUUCUGUUUCGACGCGCGAGGUUGAUACCGGAGCGGCACUGGUGUCUGCUGGAGACGCCGAGCUUGACCCUGCGGAGGCUUUGAGGAUAAGGAAGAAAAUUGAUCGAAAUAUCCUACCGUUAAUGUGCAUACUUUACUGGAUCCAGUUCAUGGACAAAACCACUUUGGGUAGUUCCGCAAUACUUGGCAUUCGAGAAGCAACGCAUUUGACUACCAAUCAAUACAACUGGCUUGGGACAAUAUUUUAUCUGAGCUAUCUUGCCUUCGAGUACCCCCAGAACCUCGCCUUGCAGCGUUUCCCAGUAGGCAAAUGGAUGAGUUUGAACAUUUCUAUAUGGGCAGUCGCAUUAUGCGCUCAUGCAGCCUGCAAGAAUUUCGGUGGGCUGUUUGCCGUCCGAUUUGUGCUUGGCGUAUGUGAAGGAUCCAUCACGGCCGGAUUCAUGAUUGUAAGCUCCAUGUUCUACACAAGAACGGAACAGACAUUACGGGUUGGAUACUGGUUUUUGAUGAACGGAACCGCACAAAUCAUCUCCGGAUUUAUCAGCUUCGGUACCCUCCACAUCAAAACUGGAGGGUUUGCCCCCUGGCAGUGGCUUAUGAUCAUCACGGGAAUUCUAACCCUAUUUACAGCGGUAGCGUUCUGGCUGUUUUUCCCAGAUUCGCCAACCAAUGCCUGGUUCUUGACUCCGGACGAACGGAUUAAAGCUGUUCAACGUAUCAAGGAAAAUCAAACCGGAGUAGAGAACAAACAUUUCAAGAAGGAACAGAUGAUCGAAGCCCUGUUGGAUCCCAAGACAUGGCUUUUCGCGCUGUUCUCAGCUCUGGACAACAUCCCAAACUCUCUGACUAACCAGCGCCAAAUCAUCGUCUCUUCCUUUGGUUUCUCGCCUCUACAGACCACUUUGCUGGGGUGCGUAGAUGGUGUGGUCGAAAUCGUCACCAUCUACACCGGUGUCAAUAUCGCUGCUCGUAUUCCAAAUAGCCGUGCAUACGUUGCCGUCAUAUAUAUGGUACCUAACCUCCUGGGUGUCUUCUUAAUUAACUUCCUGCCUUGGGAGAAUAAAGUUGGCCUCCUCUUCAGCGUCUGGCUUACGGGCGUCGGUACCACCGGAUUUGUCCUGUCGCUUUCCUGGUUGUCCAGCGUUACUUCUGGCCAUACAAAACGAGUCACGACCAACGCCAUAAUGCUCUCCGCAUACUGCAUUGGCAACUCGGCUGGCCCCUUCAUGUGGCAAGCCAAAUAUAAACCUCGCAAUCAUGUCCCGUGGAUAAUAAUCGGCAUCUGCUAUGCUUGCUGCAUGGCUCUCAUGCUGAUCAUCCGCCACCUUUUGGUAGCAGAGAACAAGCGUCGAGACGAAGAACCGCGCGACGACACAUACGACGAGGUGUACGUCGAAAGCGUCACGAAAGAGGGCGAGAGCGUCAAGAUUAAGGUCGACAAAGAGUUCCUUGAUCUUACAGACAUCCAGAACAGAGACUUUAGAUACGUGUUAUGA